AGCACGCCGGUGGGUGAAAGGCAGAGGACGCGUGUGAGGAGUCAGCGGCAGCACCAGCGCAUGGAAUUCCCUCUCCUGCCAUCCGAGCCGGUCGGCGCCCCCCAGCCAUGCCGGCAAGGCGAUGCAGCGAGUCGGCCCUGAUGUGAUGCAGCGGUAGGAGAUGCACUCUGGCUGCCGGCGCCGCGCUGCAAACCGCCGUCGCUACUUUCCCCUCCACAGGAUGUGAGAACGGCCAGACCGGUCGUCCGGUGCCGGGUCGUUGGUUUCUCCGUGCUUCCCAUGUCGGCAGUCGGGAUUUUCCUCGGUGUGAGAGCCAGCGAUCCUUUCAUGCUGCCCGAGCCUUUGUAGGAUGAAAGCCCUCCGCUGAAUUUGCAUGGGACCCCGGGGAGACUGUUUGGGGCACGUUACGGACUGCUUCUGGAUCAGCGCCCCCGUGCUUUAUUCCGAAAGGGGACACGUUCGGCGUUCGAGCACCAGAAAAAGUUCACAGAAUCAUUUUUGAAACAAGGUGAAACAGCAGGAUGGUAGCCGAGGUGGCCUGGGCCAAUGAGGACACACCGAAGCGAUGGAGGAGACAACCCCCGACCCGGCCUUCGUCGACGUGGACCAGGGGCUGGCCCUGGCAUGCAUCGUCUUCCUCUGCCUCCUGCUGGUGGCCAUGAUCAUCCGCUGCGCCAAGGUUAUCAUGGAUCCAUACAGCGCCAUCCCCACCUCCACCUGGGAGGAACAGCACCUGGAUGACUAGCGGUGGGAGAAUGGGUGUGGAGGAGGCCCCCCGGGACAUGUCGGUGAACCGGCAGGAACUGGGCAAAGACGCAACAGAGAUUCCCAUAGGCCUCGCCUGAUGGAGAGAAAAGGCCAGCAGUCUGGCUUGAUCUGGUGGCAGGGGGGGGGGCAUUUUUACCCUGCAUUCGAAGGACCCUGACCCCAUUAAAAGAACCCCCCCUCCCCCAAAAGAGAGGGCCAACGAAGAGCCUCAUGAUGGACGUGUUAAACAGAUCCCGUGUCAAAUGGGGGAACGUCUCCCCAUUUCCCAUUCUGGAUCAAUCCAGAUCGGGGGGAGUGGUUAUGUUUCAUCCAGUCAAAAAUGUUGCCUGCAUAUUGGAAUUAAAGAAGCGCGUCUCUGUAAACACAAACAUCAUCCAUCUUGCCAAAGCAUCUCACUCAUAUGCUUCUCAUACUGUCCAGGUUAAUAAGCUGAUAUUUUUGGCAUGUCCGUCAGUCGGACGAAAGGUAACACUCGUAAAACUCCUGUAUUUACACUCGCUGGCUUAACUGCUAGCUCUGUGGAUAAACCUAGACAGCGCAAGUUGACUUUGGGAAAUUUAUUUGAGGCUUUUGAAAUGUUUGGUCGUAAGCGGGGGGCCCACAGUUGACUGCCAAAAACCAUGGGAUUCAUUACUCACUUUCCUGGAAGCGUUUAAUUCAUAUGCGUGAUGAUUUGAGCUAUAAUGAAACUCACUACAAAUAUCUCAGAGUCUCUGUAGCUGUUCUGCUCCAGCCAUUUACAGGUGACUUUCUGAGAGUAUGAGUCCAUCUAUAAAAUCACGUAUAAGACCACCUUACUGAAUCCAGAGCGAAAAUGGACAUUCUGUUCCAGCACUGAAAACCAAAGCGGUCAUGAAGGAGGUUGAAGGAGUAACAUGGUAUAAAUCAAACUGUCUCUCCCCUGCUUAAGGGGUCUGACCAAGCAACCAUGUCAGCUGGUCUAAGUACCUUCUGGUACCGCUGAGUUAUGUCUCUGAGAAGCGUUUCAAACCGCUCACGAGAUCACAUCCUCAUCUGCAUGCCACAAAGAGCCUUAGCCAAACCAACAGAACCAUCUUAAAACCUCAGUACACCGCGAGGGACAGAACCGUAGAGCGCCAUGUGAACACUGACAAGCAAAACUCACCUUGUAAUGGGUGUAUCAUUUAGCAGACAAAAAAACUGACCAUU